AUGCUAGAAGCUCCGCCAAACAAGUCGACCUUGGAAACCUUGGGUUUUGGCCUAAGGGAAGCGGCAACUAGGGAGGUGGGGGAAUCCACAUCCGGGCUGGAGGUAUCCACUACGAUCAACUCUGGUAACGUAGAAGACGGAGUUGUCGGAUUAUCCAGUGGGUCUUCUUUACGCCGUGAAGAAGAGCGUGAUAGGGAGAGUGCAGCCAAGGUUCGAGGCCCAGAUCCGAUGAAUCGUCAUCAUCCGAUCUAG